AUGAGUAUUGCCGCUGCUUCUGCCGCUUCCGCUUGGCGGGUUUGCAUAAUAGCAUUGCUCGUCUUGGUCACUCUGACACACAAGUCCCAUGCUGCUGUUAUUGUGGUUGCAACGAACGAGACAUACAUCGACCGUGUAGCAGCGUUCGGACCACGGCUAACAGAAGAAGGACUGGUUGGACGGCUACUACCGCCAGCAAACGAGAGCGAACGAUACGGAUGCGAUCCUGUCACGCCACCGACAGAAAACUGGGUCGCCUUGAUCGAACGGGGCGAGUGUUCGUUUGUGGACAAGGUCAGAGCCAUGCAGGAAAGCGGAGCCUUGGCUGCUGUUGUCGGAGAUAAACACUACAACGGCUGGAUCACCAUGUAUGCACCAGGAGACACGUCUGACGUGCGUAUACCGAGCGUGUUUGUCGCCCAGCAUCAAUACCAAGCUCUACUCCAGCUGUCACGGUCUUUCCGGGAACCCAUGUUGGUCCGUCUCGUGAAGGAUGAUAUGCUUACAUGGCCGUUACUAGAUAUGCUACUUGUAGUCGUGCUAUCGCCUGCCGUCAUGAUGCUGUUCAUUUACCUGACAUGGCGCCUGCGGCAGCGCCAGCGACGGAGGAACGAGCUGGCUCCUACUGAUUUCGUCACAAAGUUGCCCGUACGUAAAUAUCGCCGUGAGAAACAAAAGGACAAUGACCAUGCCGAGUGUGCAAUCUGUCUGGAAGACUAUGUGGAUGACGACACGCUGCGCACUCUGCCAUGUCGGCACGAGUUUCAUACCACAUGUGUGGAUGCAUGGUUGACCACUCACAAGAAGUUUUGUCCCAUUUGCAAGCACGAUAUCUGUCGUAAAGCGCCUGAAUCGUCUACUGAAAGAACCCCACUUCUGAGUGCAUAA